GAUCAAUGCUAAAUAAUGUUUAAUACUUCUUUUGAUACUGAAGUCAACAUUUCUCACUAGGUGAUUCACACAUUCCAUGAAUUGGCCCUAUUCAACUAAUUGAAAGUCAACAAUUUCCAUCUCCAUCCUUACUGAAGCAACCAAAUCCAUUUACAGCUCUUCAGUUUCUGCAAGAUCAUCUAAAAUGAAAACUCUGCUCAACUUCUUCCUCUUCUUGAUUAGUAUUUCUGUUCAUAUCAUUUCUCAAGUUCUCAGCCUAUGUAAUGAAGACCAGCAACUAUCAUUGCUUCAUUUGAAGCAAACCGUCGUGUUCGAUUCCUCUGCUUCUUCCAAGCUCAAAUCAUGGAAUUCAAGCUCAGACUGUUGCUCUUGGCUUGGUGUAACUUGCAGUACUAAUGGGCGUGUCAUCGGUCUUGAUCUCAGCACCGAAUCUAUCUCAAGUGGCAUUGACAAUUCCAGCAGUCUCUUCGAUCUUCAAGAUCUUCAAAGCCUUAAUUUGGCCUACAAUUAUGACUUCAGUGGCUCUCAGAUCCCAACUGCCAUUGGAAAGCUCACAAACUUGAGGUAUCUAAACUUAUCUCACAAUUCUUACUUCGGGCAGAUUCCCAUUGAGAUUUCAUACUUGACAAGGUUGGUUAUCUUUGAUAUUUCUGGCAAUUUCUUCUCAACCGAUCAGUUAAAACUUGAGAACCCAAAUUUAACCAAGCUAGUUCAGAACCUCACAGACCUAACAGAGUUGUAUCUUGAUGAUGUCAAUAUAUCAGCACAGGGCAGUGACUGGUCCCAAGCAAUAUCUUUACUGCCAAACAUGAGGGUGCUGAGCUUGUAUGCUUGUGAUCUUUCAGGCCCUAUUCAUGACUCAGUUGCUAAGCUUCAUUCUCUAUCUGUGAUUAUAUUGGAUCAUAACCAAAUCUCUGCUCCAGUUCCAGGAUUCUUUGCCAAUUUUUCAAACUUGACUUACUUAAGUCUUGUUGAUUGUGGGUUGCAAGGAACAUUUCCCAAAGAGAUAUUCCAGUUAUCUACAUUACAGAGUAUUGACCUGACAUUAAAUCCACAGCUUCAAGGUUCCUUGCCAGAGUUACCCGAAAAUGGAUCUCUUCAGUCCUUGGUUCUAAGCCAGACAAAUUUUUCAGGGGUCCUGCCAAACUCUAUAGGUAACCUCAAUAUGCUCUCUAGAAUGGAUCUUUCAGUUUGUAGCUUCAGUGGAUCAAUCCCAAAGUCAGUGGCAAACCUAACACAGUUGGUGAGUUUGUCUAUGUCAUCCAAUAGGUUUGGUGGCUCCAUUGCUUCUAUUCAGUGGAAAAACCUUGUUAGUCUGAACUUUUUCAUGUUGGACUCCAAUCUACUUUCUGGGACUAUUCCCUUGUCUCUCUUCUCUAUUCCACUGCUGAGUAGACUAGUACUCUCUGACAAUCAAUUCUCUGGUCAAGUCCCUGAGUUUGCCAAUAUCUCUUCGUACUUACUGGAGACCCUUGAUUUGAGUGGCAACAAUUUGGUAGGAUCAAUACCCAUAUCUAUAUUUAAUCUUCGAGGACUUUCUCAGCUUUAUCUUUCUUCAAACAACUUGAGUGGCUUUCCUUUUAGUGGUAUUCAACAGUCGAGAAAUCUUUCAUUUCUUGAUCUUUCCCACAAUAGCUUGUUGUUUAAUGAUGACAGUACCAAUUCAUCGCUUUCGUCCUUACUUCAGGUUCAGGACUUGGUAUUGGCUUCUAACAAGUUGAGAGCAUUCCCAGAUUUCUUGAGACACCAAUUCCGAUUAGCCUCUUUGGACCUUUCAGAAAACCAGAUACAAGGGCAGAUUCCCAAUUGGAUUUGGAGCCUCAGUUCUCUUAAAAAACUAAAUCUCUCUUCAAACUCUUUGGUAACUCUAGAAGCUCCUUUGUUGAACUCUACUUCAACUGUGACUUCGCUCGACCUUCAUUCAAACCAGCUUCAGGGACAAAUCCCAAUUUUCCUACCAUUUGCCAAUUACUUGGAUUACUCAAAAAAUAACUUCACCUCUAGUAUACCGACUGACAUUGGUAAUUAUAUCUCUUCCACUGCCUAUCUCUCUCUGUCAAGCAGUAACUUGCAUGGGAUCAUUCCAAGUUCAAUAUGCAAUGCAAGCGGUCUGGUUCUUGACUUGUCCAAUAAUUCUCUGAGUGGCAUCAUUCCCGAAUGCUUGACUCAGCUUUCAGUACUUGAUUUAGGGAGAAACAACCUGACUGGCACUAUUCCUGAUAAGUUUCUAGAACAGUGUAGCUUAAAAACUCUGGACCUCAGCAGAAAUCAGAUUGAAGGUCAGUUUCCAAGAUCUCUAGUCAACUGCACACAGUUAGAGGUUUUAAGCCUCGGAAACAAUCAGAUAACAGAUACAUUUCCAUGCUUAUUGAAGAACAUAUCCACCUUGCGUGUCCUUGUUUUGCGAUCCAACAAAUUUUACGGACAGAUUGAAUGUCCUGGGACUAAUGGUACCUGGCCAAUGCUUCAAAUCAUAGACUUAGCUCAUAACAAUUUGAGUGGUGAGAUAACAGGAACAUCUUUGACAACAUGGCAGGCAAUGAUGGCUAAUGGAGAUGAUACCCCAAUUGACCUUGGAUUCUCAUUCCAACCAGGCGGUGGAAGUGGGCUUGAUAUUUAUUAUGGAGAUUCAAUCACAACUACUAGCAAAGGUUUAGAGAUGGAUCUGGAGAAAUUCCAUCAUCAUUUGGUAACAUGCGACGACUUGAGUCCUUAGAUUUGUCACAGAACAGACUGAAUGGGCAAAUUCCACCAGAGUUUGCAGGGCUUAAUUUUCUUUCAUACUUGAAUCUGUCAGACAAUGAACUGGUUGGAAGGAUCCCAACAAGUACUCAGUUUUCAACAUUUCCAAAAGCUGCCUUUGUCG